CCUGCAGACUGUCACUCCUGGUUACCCCAGGUCGUUAAUGAAACUCUGAGCUGUAGCGGGGUUGUGUGCUGACUGUAAUAAAGGUAAAAUUCCCUCAGUUCAAUUCAGAGUUAAGAGUGUGCGCGGGAAUAAAGUUGGUCGCUGAGUUUUCCACUGAGGAGUGGCGUGAGGUCGCUGGUGCGCAUGCGCCACCGCGGCGAGCCGUUAGCUGUCAGAAGAAGCGGUGGUGGAGCGCGAGAGGAUCCAGAACAGGAGCUGAGGAGGAGAUCCAGAGCACAGUUCAGCUCAGCGCGGGACCCGGGCUCCUCUCUGCUCCUCAUGGUAGUUAGCGGGGGCAGGAGAAAGUAGCCGAGGCUCUGCUGAAGUUCACCGCUCUCACCCAGAGACAGUCAGUCCAGAGGAGAAGGAGAAGUUUUACAGGUAAUGCUCUAAAUGGUGUGGCUAGAGGGGGAAGCGGUGGUCGGACACUAGCUACUGUUCUCUGGCGGAAUCCCCCGGUUAUCUGUUCCCUCUCCCCUCCCUCUGUUGUUUCUGCUAUGGGGAACCAAGGCAUGCAGGAGCUCAUCCCGCUGGUUAACCGCCUCCACGAUGCUUUCAGCGCCAUCGGACAAAGCUGCAAUCUGGACCUGCCUCAGAUAGCUGUGGUCGGUGGCCAGAGUGCAGGAAAGAGCUCUGUCCUAGAGAACUUUGUGGGCAGGGAUUUCUUACCAAGAGGCUCAGGGAUUGUCACACGAAGGCCACUUGUGUUACAAUUAAUCAGCGCCACCUCAGAGUAUGCAGAGUUUCUCCACUGUAAAGGGAAAAAGUUUACAGACUUUGAUGAUGUGCGUCGCGAGAUUGAAACGGAGACGGACAGAGUUACGGGAUCCAAUAAGGGCAUCUCCUCCAUUCCUAUCAACCUACGUGUUUACUCACCAAAUGUACUCAACCUGACACUCAUAGAUCUGCCAGGCAUCACUAAGGUUCCAGUGGGGGAUCAGCCUCAUGACAUUGAAUACCAGAUCAGAGACAUGAUCAUGCAGUUCAUCUGCCGUGAGAACUGCCUUAUCCUAGCUGUCACACCGGCCAAUAUGGACCUGGCCAAUUCAGAUGCCCUCAAACUGGGCAAAGACGUUGACCCACAGGGUCAGCGCACCAUUGGUGUCAUCACCAAACUAGACCUGAUGGAUGAGGGCACGAAUGCCAGGGACGUACUGGAGAAUAGGUUGCUGCCCUUACGCAGAGGUUACAUUGGUGUGGUAAAUCGUAGUCAGAAGGACAUUGAGGGGAAGAAGGACAUAAGUGCAGCUCUCGCUGCCGAGCGGCUGUUUUUUCUUUCCCACCCUGCUUACAGGCACAUGGCCGACUACAUGGGCACACCGUACCUGCAGAGGGUCCUCAAUCAGCAACUGACCAAUCACAUCCGAGACACGUUACCAGCGUUCCGCAGCAGGCUACAGGCCCAGCUCCUCUUGCUAGACAAAGAGGCUGAGGAAUACCGACACAUGAACCCCGAUGACCCCUCACGCAAGACCAAAGCACUGAUGCAGCUGAUCCAGCACUUUGGGCUGGACUUUGAGAAAAGGAUUGAGGGCUCUGGAGACCAGGUGGACACAGUUGAGCUCUCAGGAGGAGCCAAAAUCAAUCGCAUCUUUCACGAGCGCUUCCCAUUUGAACUAGUCAAGAUGGAGUUUGAUGAGAAAGAACUGCGUCGUGAGAUCAGCUACGCCAUCAAGAACAUUCAUGGGAUCAGGACAGGCCUGUUUACUCCUGACCUGGCAUUUGAGGCCAUGGUGAAGAAGCUGAUAGUAAAGCUGAAAGGGCCAUGUAUAAAAUGCGUAGACAUGGUAGUCCAGGAGCUUAUGGCCACAGUGCGACAGUGUACCCACAAGUUGGUGGCCUUUCCUAAACUACGAGAGGAGACAGAGAGAAUUGUGAACACAUAUAUUCGAGAACGAGAGAGUCAAGCCAAAGACCAGGUUUUGCUUUCACUGGCGAUUCAGCUUUCCUACAUCAACACAAAUCAUGAAGACUUCAUUGGGUUUGCUAAUGCUCAACAGAGAAAUAAUCAGACGAAUAGAAAGGCUUCAGCAGGAAACCAGGGUGCUGCUCCUCCACCUUCCAGUCAAAUUGUGAUCAGAAAAGGCUGGCUGACCAUCAACAACAUUAGUCUGAUGAAAGGCGGAGCCAAGGAUUACUGGUUUGUGCUGACAGCAGAGAGCCUCUCUUGGUUUAAAGAUGAUGAGGAGAAGGAGAAGAAGUACAUGCUGCCACUAGAUAACCUAAAGGUGCGUGAUGUGGAGAAGACCUUCAUGUCCAGCAAGCACAUCUUUUCCAUCUUUAACACAGAGCAGAGGAACGUGUAUAAGGACUACAGGCAUCUGGAGCUGGCCUGUGACACGCAGGAGGAGGUGGACAGCUGGAAGGCCUCUUUGCUGCGGGCCGGAGUCUACCCUGAGAAAACUACAGUGGAUGGUGAGAGCUGUGUGCAGGCAGAGAACUUCUCCAUGGACCCACAACUGGAGAGGCAAGUGGAGACCAUUCGCAACCUGGUGGACUCCUACAUGGGCAUCGUUUACAAGAGCAUACGAGACCUGAUGCCCAAAACCAUCAUGCACAUAAUGAUCAACAAUGUGAAGGAGUUUAUCCACUCAGAGCUGCUGGCUCAGCUGUACUCUUCAGGAGAUCAGUCGGCUCUGAUGGAUGAGUCUCCGGAGCAGGCUCUGCGCAGAGAGGAGGUGCUACGCACACACUCUGCCCUGAAGGAGGCGCUGGCAAUCAUCAAUGACAUCUCCACCUCCACCAUCUCCACUCCUCUACCACCACCUGUGGACAACUCCUGGCUGCAUACCAGUACCAUUAACCGCAAAUCCCAUGUAGGUCUCAAUUCUCCUAAGAGGACUCAGUCUGCUCCUGGAGCUCCUACUCGUGGUCCUGCUCCUCGUGCCCCUGCCCCUACCAGUCGUUCUUCUCCUGCAAUCCUAAAUCACACAGAGUCGUCUAAUACACAGGGACGUCCCAACCGAGUUGCUCCCAGCAUUCCCAGCAGAAACAGUUUGUGAGGGUCAGCGUCUCCAGUGUGUGGCUCCAGUCUCGCAUCUUAACAGCAAAAAGUCACUGGAGUGCCCCCACCAGCCUCUAUUCACCAUUAUCAUCUUUAGGCAGCCCAACAAAAGGAGUUUAGGGAAGACUGCUCUCUUGUGGAUAACGUAACUACUUACAACGGCUGUUCUGCCUUUGUAAGAACUUUUACAUAGGCCUGCUUACUGUAAAAAACGUGCUGUGGCAGAAGAUCACACAUUGGGGUCACACAGGAGAAAAAAAAACUCUGCUCUGAUUAGCAAACGUCUUGGCAAAUGUUUAUAAAAGGAGUUUAGGGCUGAAAGCACUACAUAGAGAUGGCAUGAAUUAUCAAAUCAACAUUAUUACAAACUUCUGUUUUUCAUAUUAGCUAGGGAAAAGAAUGCAUCUAAUCCUGUAAUGUUUUUAGUUUUGUGUUUUAGUUGCAGUAUUUGUCUUGUAAAUGAUCUACAAAACUUCAGCCAGGAACAUAAAACAUGGUACAGGCAGAUGUAUACAUGGAUUCCACUAAAUAAACUGUGGCUUCUACCACAGUUAUCCAGAAUAUACCGCAAAAUCUACAGGGAAAGCUUCAAGCUUGUUUCCAGGCUUGAAAAAAAAUCAGUGUGUAAAACUUUUAAUAUGUUGAAAAUCCGUUAAUUAUCCUAAAAAUCAUCAUUUCAACUUAUAUACCCAUACCCCUUAUUUAAGAAUUUCAACAGUCAGGUUGUAAAGAGCAGUAAAGCCAAUCUCCUGAAGUACACAGUUAUACAGUAGUUUCAAUUUAGUUCUCCAGCACCAAAACUGAAGAAGUAUUAGCAUUAGCUGCUAACCACGCUAAGCGGUAUCUCUUUCACCAUUCGGAGGUGAGUAUAUCGGCCUGCCCUGUAGCCUGCUGCUAACCCGCUCUACCACUGCUGCAGCAGUAUUAGCAUUACCUGUUAACAGGGGCGUGCACAGGAAUCUUGAAGGGCAGUUGCUCUAACCUGAAGAAAGGGCACCCCCCCCCCCCUUAAAAAAAAGAGUCUCUCUCUCUCUCCUGUAUUCAUCUCUUCUCCGUGGGCAUUUCGAAUUUUCUGCAUUAAUGUGUUCAUUGAACACGCUCAUUUUUUUCGUGAACGUUAAACUGAAUGCAACACAUUUUUUAAUAAAGAACUUGAACGUGAAUUAGUUCACAUUAUGUGUCGUGAACGGCAGACAUAACUGUAAAUGAUGAAUUUGUUUUCCAUUGAAAACUGAGUGACAUCUGCUUUCUCUUUUGAAACGCAACGAGAGAAAGUUCCUCCUUCCUGUAUUCUCGCUGGUGCCA